GCUAGAGACAGAUAGAAAAGAUAAGUCUGGUAGAGCCUCCAUGCGCUGGUAAGAAGUCUAGGCUGCCUGUUAUCACAGCUGCUGGGGAGAAGGUUGUUUCUGGACCCUAACAGGAGGCAUCAUCUUUCCUAUCCACUUUUGAAUAGUAUAUGUCUGAAAAAAUUGAAACUCCAUCCUCCUCUAGCUGUUGGAAGGGAGAGGUGCUUUCUUUCUUUCCCCACACCUAGUGGUAAAUAAGGAGGGUCUCCAUCACUCCACCCCAUCUCAUCCUCCAAUUUGAGGUCAUUUUCUGCUGCCCAUGCUUACAGCUUUCCCAAGCAGAGGCAACAGAAUGAAAUGGAUGCGAUUCUUGGCAGUUUCAAACCACUCACACAGGCUCAUGAACCAGCAGCAGUGGAACUGAUCACAGGGCAGUUCUGGCAUGUAUCCGACUUGCAUUUAGACCCUACUUACCACAUCACUGGCGAUCACACCAAAGUUUGUUCUUCUUCCAAAGGGGCUAAUGCCUCCAACCCUGGGCCUUUUGGAGAUUUUUUCUGUGAUUCUCCAUAUCAACUUAUUUUAUCAGCCUUUAAGUACAUGAAAGAGUCUGAACAACAAGCUUCCUUCAUGAUAUGGACAGGGGAUAGCCCACCUCAUGUUCCAGUGGAGGAACUCUCUACAAAGAUGGUCAUUAAUGUUAUUGGCAAUAUGACUUCCACCAUUCAAAGUUUCUUUCCAGAUCUCCAGGUGUUUCCUGCUUUGGGUAAUCACGACUACUGGCCACAGGAUCAGCUGCCUGUAUCUGCUAAUGAAGUUUACAGUGCAGUAGCAAAUUUUUGGAAACCUUGGCUAACUGAUGAGGCAAUCAGUACCUUCAAGAAAGGUGGCUUUUAUACACAACUCUUUCAAUCCAGUGUUAGCCCUCAACCACUCAGGAUAAUCAGUUUGAACACAAAUCUAUAUUAUAGUCCCAACCAUGUGACUCUGAAUAUAACUGACCCGGCCAACCAGUUAGCGUGGUUGGAGAGCACACUAGAAAUCUCUCUUCAAAAGAAGGAGAAGGUAUAUGUGAUAGGACAUGUGCCAAUAGGAUAUCUGCCUUUCACAAGGAACAUUACUGCCAUAAGAGGAUAUUACAAUGAGAGAUUAGUAAAGAUUUUUCGCAAGUAUAGUGAUGUUAUUGCUGGACAGUUUUUUGGACACACUCACAGAGAUAGCAUCAUGAUCCUUCUGGAUGAGAAAGAAAACCCAAUAAAUUCUUUGUUUGUAGCACCUGCUGUGACACCAGUGAAAAGUGUGGUGCAGAGAGAGUCCAACAAUCCUGGAGUCAGACUGUAUCAGUACGAUCCUCUUCAUUAUAGCUUAUUGGAUCUUUGGCAGUUUUAUUUGAACCUCACAGAUGCCAACAUGAAAAAUGAAUCAAACUGGAAACUAGAAUACAUCCUGACCAAAGCAUAUGGUAUUGAAGACUUGAAGCCAGAAAAUUUAUAUGAAAUGGCAAAGCAAUUCACUGUGCCACACAGCAAACUGUUUCAACAAUAUUACAAUAAUUUCAUUGUGAGUUAUGACAAAAGCAUUGUCUGUGAAGGGGACUGCAAGACCAGCCAGAUAUGUGCAAUGCAGUAUUUGGAUCGAUCUUUCUAUACAGAUUGUAUCCAACGGGAGUAGUGUGGAGAGGAAGUAUAAUGUGAUCAGUACUGAUGUUGUUAUGUAGCCUGUAUUUUAAGGAAUCUGUUCCCCUAUUCUGCUGAAGUGGGAGCCUGUGGCAAUCCUCUGUGAAUUACAGGGAGGCAUUAGAUCCCCUAAAUCUUUUAUUCUUGGUAAAUACAUUGGCAAUAAUUUUCCAAUUGCUUUGUCUAAAGUUAAACACCUUAAUAACAGUGGCUUGAGUUUUCAGUGAUCCUUUUGAUAGCCAUUACAGUGAAUGUGCACUGCAGUUGCUCAGAACCUAUGAAAACAAGCCAUUUUUAUUCAGGUGUGUAAAUAUGGGUUUAGGUGUCUAACUUUAGGCGCUUUGGUUUGAAUACUUGGGCGAUAUAUACACUGUUUAGAUUAUAAUCUGUAACACUGCAAAAAGCAGUGUUUGUAUAAGUGUGUAAGUCAAGUUAUCACACAAUCAGUACACACACCUUUGUGAUCUGUAAAUAUUUACUGAAAGUUGAAGGACACAGGACUAUCCAGCACUAAGGGUAUGUCUACGCUUGGAGCUGGGGGUGUGGUUCCCAGCUCACGGAGAGAUACUCCUGCUAUCUCCAAUUGAGCUAGCAUGCUAAAAAUAGUGUAGUCACAGCAGCAUGAAUGGUGGGAUGGGCUAGCUUCCGUGAGCGCAUGCCUAGGAUGGGUAUAUAUUUGGGUCAGCUAGCUUGUCCUGUCGCCAGUGCUACCAUGGCUACGUGUUAUUUCUAGCGGCUUAGCUCAGUCAGCGCUAAUGUGAGUAUGUCUCCUCGAGUUGGGAAUCAUACCCCCAGCUCCAAGUGUAGAUGGUACCCUAAGGCUCAGAUCCUCAAAGGUGCUUAGGCAACUAACACCCCUGGGAGGCACCUCAAUGCCUUUGAGGAUCUUUCUCCCUAUAAAGCUGUGUAUAUUAGUGGUAAUGUCAGAUUUAUACAUAUUUAUAUUAACAGAUGUUUUGACAAUGAAGAGACACAAAUCAUGUUUAAAUCAAUGGAAGUUACUAAUAAGCUAUGAACACACAUUCAUCUGUGUAAUAUAGGAAAUGUGCACCUAUCACAAGACUUCUGAAACUUUUUCAUAGAGUGGACUGUAUCAUAAUACAGAGUUUCUCAUAGACAUCCUUUCCUCUGGUUUGUGAUUGCACAGACCACCGGUUCCCUGAGUCAGCUGCAGCUAUUGUUUGCAUGAAAAAGUAAUAUUAUCCAAGUAUUUUAAAUAUCUUUUAAUGCAAUUCAACAUAUGGAAAUGAGAAGUCAUUUUCUGCUUCCAGGGAGCAGAGGCCACAGUUUGAGAACUGUGGUUAAUACAUAUAUUAUUCACGGGUAGCCAAAGCUACGGCUGUGGUUGCAAAACUAUUCCCAUUAUUAACCCCUUCUUUUUCAUGAAAUCUUAACUUACAGAUAGAUUUUGCUGUUGGAGAACAUCUCAUGUUUUGUCUCAACCCAAAAGUGAAAUUUGUUCUGGAAAGUCUGAGGGGAAAAAUCCCUUCAGCUCUUGGUUAUGAAGAAGACAUUUUUAAAAAAAUAGUAAUAAAAAAUAUUGUUAACUUUUUAGAUCAAAUAUCUUGUCAUGUAAGGAUCCUCCAAUGAGGAAUGCUUGCUUUUGCUAAGUUUGCAUUCUGAAACAAAUCUUUCAAUGUUAUUAACAUUUGAGCAGGUCAUCGAAUAUGCACAAUAGGAAAUCUCAUUAAAUUUUAAAUGGUGCCCGUACACACUCAACUCUAGCAAUAUGGACUUUGAAAAAAAGGUAAGAGAAAUUAGUCUGGCUUUUUUUCAGUUAUUCUCUGUAAACAAGGCUCCAUACUUUGACAGUGUUCCUUUCCUUCCUUCUUUCCUUCCUAUGAAUGUUCAGAAUGUGUUUGAUCAUUAGAUCACACUUUCUAUUCAUCUUUCCCAUAUACUGGCCUUUGCAUACCAGAAUGCAGCAUGACUGACUUCUUAAAAGCAUUGCUGUGAUUCCUGGUGUUUGUCCAAACUGUAUGUCUUUGCAUUAAGAUAUAUAUUUACACUUCAAAGUGAGGCAGUGGCAUUAAUACAAAAGAAAAGAUGUGUUUUUAAAAUAAAAUAAGAAAAUACAAGUAUGAAGGCCCUCUUAUGAAAGCAAACUCACCCACAUUAUACAUUUGUAGUAUUUUCCCAUUGCUGUUAGGAACAAUCUGUCCAAAUUAACAUUUCUCUGAUAACUUGACCACUUGUAUUUCAUAAUUUAAAAAAAGUUUGUGCACAAACAUUAACAUUUCAUUCAUAUUUUGAGCAUUUGUAAAAUAUAGAAAUGCAGGUAGAAACACCAUAUAAACCUCAUCUUUUAUGCCAAAUAAUUUCUACUGUAAUAUUUCUCUUAAAUUAUAUUUCCUGAAAUUUUCCAUGUUUUCUCAGUUUAGGCAUGGUUUUCCCUCCCCACCCCCUUUAAAGUAGAAUAAAUCAUUUAGAAUGAAUACCAGCAAAUAGUCUGAUUACAUUCUAAUGGAAGUAAAAUAACCUUACACUCCUUACCAUCCAACUGAUCUACUACAGGUAAUCUCAGAUGUAUCAGGAUAUAAAUAAAUAAAAUAAAGAGAGCUACUUGUGCACUC